UAUCUUGUCUUAUCUGUAGGCUGCAGGGAGCAGCUCAGUGACGUUAGCUGAAUUUUAGAGGAGUUAAGGUUAACCAUGGAUGGAGUUUAACCAUCUUUGGGUCUUGGAGAGCCAGGUCUAUGUGAGGGAUAACAAGCUCCUGCUACGAGCAGUGACACUCUUCUUGUAGAUACAGCAUGGGGUGGGAUGUAGGAGAUGCAGUGUCUCAUUUGUGCUCAGUUUCUCUGAGACUCCUGAGAACUGAGGCCUGGACUUGGUUGGAUCUUCUUCUGGUAAUUUGAAAGUAUGAAGAUACUUUCUUUCCCAGGCAUCCCCUGGAGCUUCUCACUCCCAGGAGAUUCCCAGCCAUCUGAGGGCAGGAGGAAGGAAUAGGAAGAUGAUGGGAUGGAAGGGAGUGAUGCAUGGUGCCAGGGAUUCCCCUUAACUUGCAGCUUUUCUGUUGUGGCAACAUUUCUGUCAAAAGCAAAGAAAAAAUAAAGUCUGUGCUUCUCCCACACUAGGCAAUGAACCUGCCCAAGCACUAGCAGAGACCUGCAGCAGCCCUGGCACAGUAGUGCUGAUGCAGGACCCAGUGGAGCAAUCCAGUUCUGAGGCUGGUAGUGCCUUGUCUUUCCUCAUCUCUCUGAAGUUUCCGGUCCAGCACGUAAACACUGCAGGCCCAGUGCUUCUCCAUUAGUCAGUAGCAAUGUUCUCUCCUGUUGUAAUGGGAACAGGUCAGGCCCCCAAUUGCAGCAGUAUCUCCUUGAUGAGCAGAAACUGCAGCAAUCUCAUCAGCUGCCACCGUGAGCAAAGUUCAGCUUGUUCAUGGCUCCUGUUCUCAGUAUUUUUGUGUGUUGCAUUCUCUGAUUGUGUUAAAACUCUCCAGAACAUACUGUUAAGGUGACAGAAGGACCACUAGCACACCACUAAUCCAGAUAAUUUUUGUUUUCCAAGCGGGCCUGGACAAGAGCCAGAAAGCUCAGCUGUUGUUGGGCAGAAGCAUGUUUAGUCUGACUUAAGGGUAAGCAUUGAAACACUGAGUUUUGUGCUUAUCAGCCGACAGCUAUUCACCUGGUGACAAAACACAAUUGCUCAUAAUAAAUCCAAAGUACAUCAAACCAUUUUCAUCAUUAUUUCCCAGACAUUGCACAGAAUUUGUCUGGUGGGCCAAGCAAACAGAUAUUGAGCUUGGAUUACAACCCAAAACCUCAGCUUGCAUUGCUUGUGGAUACAUGGAAAACCUCCUGUUGGGAUGGCCUUGAGAUGGUUCUGCUAAUGGUGCUUCAUUUAAUUGGGAAUUUAAUGAUUCAGGCUGUAAAUGGGGUACUCCUGUUGUGUACUGUUUCCUUGUCAUUACUCUGGUCCACACUUGCACUCAUUGAGAUCGCUCUGACUGUUCCUUUCCUUAGAGCAGCUUUCAUUGACAUGCUGAUAAAAGGUGCCCUUUCUUGGGCUCAACCAGGAUGUUUUCCAGGUGAAAAAUAAGAAUUAUGCAAAUUAAACCAUAAUUGUGCUCUGGUCUUCAAGAAGAACUUUUGUUCUCCCAGUCUGAUUUUUAGGCUAUAAUCUCACUGGGUCAGAUAUAUCCUUGAUGUUUGCAUCUCUUGAGGUGAGGUUUAUAGGUGGCAGAAAAAGACAGAUUCCUGAGGAGGUCAAGCUGUGCAUGCAUACUUCUUAUCCCUUCUGAGCUCUUUCAGACCCAUUCUCUGAUGAUGCUGCUGGCAGUUGGAAUCUGGAACCUCACUGCAGAGAACUGAGUGCAGAGUAUGGGGGAGCUGAGGUCAUGUUAUACCAUGGGAUCUUCUGAGCCCUUUCUCUGUGGAUCCCUCCAUUGGGACUCUUGGGAUUGGAGAAGCAAUGGAAGUCACAUUGCAAGUUCACCCAACAAAGACCAGUGUUUAUUCCAGUCCCCUCAUCAUUCACUGUGACACAGGUGAAAAUGUUCACAAAAGCCUUUGUGGAACAGCUGUAAAUGCCGACAUCAAGCUUGACAAGAGCUCCUUGACAAUUGAGAAGACUUCCCUCAUGCUGUCAAAGCAAAGAUCCCUGGUCAUCCACAAUCAGAGUGGCAUCACGGCCCACUUCCAGUGGAAGUGUUUUGUUGACCAGGAAGAGGAGGAGCAUCAGAAGCUGAGGCUGCAGAGGCAGGAAGAGGACAAGCUGGUUGAUGUUCCUAAGGAGCACGGGGUGGUCCCCCCUCUCGGAGAACACCCUUCCCUUGGCAUCUGCACCUCCCAGAACCAGGGGACAGAGGUGCAGGGAGACUCCGUGCCUUUCUGCAGUGAUAUUUUCAGCAUUGCGCCCAUGGUGCUCCUGCUCAACAGAGGAGUUAUUGAGACUCCCUUCGGCAUGGUCUAUCCCGAGAGAGCUCUGGACUCCUGCUUCGUCUUUGCCCCCCGGGAGGGCAUGCUUUUGCCUUUCCAACAUCAGAUCAUCUGGAUCUCCUUCAAUGCCACUGUCCUGGGGCAGUUCACAGAGGAAUUCCAGUUCAGUGUGAAGGGAUCCCCUGAGCCGCUGAUGCUGACUGUGAGUGGCUGUGUCAUCGGGCCAGAGUUUCAUUUUGAUGUGUCAUCCUUCUGCUUCGGCGACAUCUCCUUUGGCUUUCCUCGCACCCUGUGCUGCUGCCUCACUAACACUUCCUCGGUGCCCUUCAACUUCAACCUUCGCAUUCCUGGGGACGGCUCGGGAGCACUCAGCGUGACCAGUUUUGCUCAGGUGUCAGAGCGCAGUGGUCUGUCGUGGAGAAGGAGAGCCCGAGGUGCCAAGAAGCCAGCUGAAUUUACUAUCAGGCCCUUCACAGGGACCGUCUGCUCCAAGGAACACUUGGAUAUCCAGGUCACCCUGUGCUCCAAUACCAUGAAGAGAUACAAGCUGGCCCUGGUAGUAGAUGUGGAUGGUGUUGGCAGAGUUAUCACUGCUCGUCAGAGCCAGAUGUGUAGUUCUCCUGCUGCGAGUGCUCCAGCUGGCUGUGACAUUUGGACGCUGCUCUCUCAAAGUCCCUUAUCAGCAGAUGCUGACCCUUCUGAAUGACAGCACACUUCCAGGCUGCUACUGGGCUCUUCCUCAGGAGAACAAGGAGGCUGCUGCUGCGUGGUACUCCAGCCCUGAGCCCCGUGGGAUUCCCCAGCCUCACAGCUCGGUGGAGAUCCCGUUCACACUGGAAGUCCAGGUGACGGGAAAGCAGGACACUGUCACUCAUGUUGCGGUGUUUGGGAGUAAAGAAUGCCCACUGAAAAUCCAUCUAUUGAGCACUGGAGAAGGACCAGUUGUCCACGUGCACCCAAGUGAGCUAAAUUUUGGCAGCAUCCAAGUUCUACAGGAUGCUUCCUGAACCCUCCACCUCUCCAAUCAGUCUGUCAUCCCUGCAUCCUUCUCGGCAAAGAUGAGAAGGCUCUGAAGAUCAAGUUCCUGGAGCAUCCUCAUGAAGAGCAGGUCACUGUUUGGGGAGAAGUCUACUUCCCGAAUCUUCAGAUCCAGACCACGGCCCUGGACUUUGGGUGCAUCUUGAAUGACACCAAGGAUGUGCGUUACAUGGAGAUGACCAACUGCAGGCAACUGGUUGUCCAGUACCACUGGUCAUUCCUGAAGGACAGCCAGGUGAACCCAGUGAGGUUUACUCAGUGGAGUCUGACCAGCAGCACCUUGCUGAGGAGCAGCUCCUACGGACACCGAAAGAUGACAACAGCCACAACAGCCUGUUGCUGCCUCCGUGUGCCCUGGGUGAGAAACUGACUGGUGAGGCCCAAUGAAGGGGCAUAAGAAUGAAGGGGAGAUGAAAUCUAAAGGCCAAAACUCCAGGUUGACGUUGUGGAUCCACCAGGAAAGGUGGUGAAGCUAGGAAACAUCUGCAUUGGGCAGAUGGUGAAGAAGAUGGUCAUCAUAGCCAACAGGAGUGCAGCCCCUCUCGCCUUUAGGCUGAGGGUCACAUCCACCGUGCCAGAGUUGCAGGAAGCUGGGGUGCUUCAGAGACUGCCAGGAGUGAUGAAGAUUGUUGGAAGAAGUAAACGACCUUCAGAGACCACCACCACGUUUUUGUACGCACGGGGGGAAACUUUCUAGUAGAAUGAGGUAAUACAUAAGUAGCCUCAUGAAUAUGCAUGAAUGCACGUAAUGAAUAUGCAUGAUUAGUGACUAUAUAAGGACCGUUUGUUUAGCAGUUUGGAGAGACACGCUAGGAGGGGCUCUCCCCCGUGUCUCCCGGCAUCACAGUAAAGAAUUCCUGCUUGUCAACUUCAACUUUGUUGGUGAGCUCCUGGAGAAUUCUCCGAAUCAACACCAGCCCACAGCAAACACAAUGCAGUGAGCCCCCUAGUGGAGCCCGCCUAUAGUUUUAUUGGUGUGCUUUACCCGCCUACGGAUAGAGGGCACCCGUGUCUAAGAAUCCUGACUGAUAAGCGGUUCGAGAUCAUCGAGUUCGGACGAAGCGCAAACGAGGCACGGUAACGGGUACCCAAACUCGUGUCGUUUUAUUACACUGCUGAGGGCUAUUAUGUAACGUAUGGGAAAGAAGAGGGAAGAAGAGAGAGAAGGGAAAAGAGGUUAAAAGUAAAAAUAGUAGCACCCUGGAUGCCGCGGCUUCCCAUGGACCUGCUGACGGUGCUCAGCAGGCGGCGGUGGGUGCACACACGGCUGCUUCAGUGACACGAGUUUCUCGUUUAGCGGAGUCACUCAGCUUGAGCCAUCUUGGGGCAACCGCUUUCUCGGUGACGUCAGCGUGACUGGGCGUGGCCGGGAACUUCUGUCCUUUGAGCCUGCUGUUGCUCGCCGGGUACCUGCAGCCGGCGCCGCCCGCAGCCAAUCAGCAUCCGUGGUGCAGGAGCCGAAGGACGACGAGGCAGGAGGGAAGGGGGCAUGCGUGGUGACGUUAAGGCGCACUCGCUCUCGUAAUACGGGGUCUGCGGCCAGGACAGCCGUUGGGCGGUCGGCCAUUUUGGACAGAAGGUUUGCUGAUGUGAAAUACGAGCUCACUCCUCUAAACAAGAUAACAGGGUUUAUUGAGGGACAGGCAAUAAAGCAAAAGCAGCAGCACUGGGUGUAUGACUGUAGCCAGAGGCACAAGUGAUUAGGAUUUGUUACAGGUUUAUAUACUUUCGCUAUUGCAUUAGUCAUAUUCAUAAUUCCCACGUAUAGGCGGGGAAUAUUAUAACUAGCUCCAGGAACUUACUAUCAUCAGUCUUCUCCUCUUGGCGUCUGCACGCUGCUCUCUGGUGAUCGUGGGCAGGGGUCUUGAGGAUGCAGUAAGCAGUCUUCCUCAUGGGAGCAGGAGUCUUCAAGAUGAAGUAAGCAGUCUUCCUCGCAUUGUGCUUUUCACCUUUGGCACAGUUGGAUGCCGCAGUAAUCACACAGCUAACUAAAACCAGCCAUAUCUGUAAUUAGUCUGGUAGCUGGCAAAGAUUUAAAACAGUGUGACCUUUCUGCAAAAUGGGCAGACGAGUAUCCCAAGCUAGAGGAUGCUCGGGAAGCUCUGUCUCUAACUCUUAAGUAGAAUGGUGUGAAAUAAUUCAUGUUCAGUGGCUUUGUAAUGGAAAAUAACCGAGGUGCUUGAAGGUAGUUGUCAUAGUUUUGGGUGCGUAGGACCUUAGUAUACAAGGUGUAAGAAAAACAGGAUAGAAAAACAGGACCUGAGGAUAGGGAGUAUCUGGGACUAAUAGAUGUCCAGGGUGGGAGCAGUUAAACUAACUGAUAGUAGAAGGACAGGAUGAUUGCUAUGUCCGUAAUGUUAUUUAAGCUGGUGCUUCAAAGACUGCCAGAAGUGAUGAAGAUCCUUGGAAGAAGUAAAUGACCCUCAGAGGCCACCAUCACAUUUUUGUACGCAUGUAGGAAACUUUCUGGAAAAUGAUGUCAUUCAUAUGUAACCUCAUGAAUAUGUAUGUAUGCCCAGUGACUACGUAAGGAUUGCCUAUGUAGCAAUACAGUGAUACACAUUAGGAGGAGCUAUCCCCUGUGUCUCCCAGCACCGCAGUAAAGAAUUCCUGCUUGUCA